AUCGAACCGCUUGGUGCAUGUUCCUCAUCACCUCCCACCGUCCGCUGUCACGGACGCGAAGCGAUUGCGAGCCGGUGCUUGUGGAGUGGAGCGACGUGACCCUAAUGGCCGUCGUUUCCGGAAAAAGCUCGCUUUUUUACUCUGUUCCUGCCAAAAAUGCAUCGGUUCCCUCGCUCUCGAUUGCGCUGAUACUUCUUCUCGUCGCCGAAGGUUUGGAGGCGGAGAGCGUCGACGAUGGAAGAAAUCAGUUGUUUGCAGGGAUUUUGAGGGAUGAAGCGGUGGAAAGGAUCAAUCAGCUCGCGAAGAUAUCUGAUGCUGAUGGAUAUCUUGAGAGGACAUUCCUAAGUUCAGCCUCUGUAAAAGCUGCACAACUUAUCAUUGAGUGGAUGCGAGAUGCGGGGUUGAGAACGUGGGUGGACCAGAUGGGAAAUGUACAUGGCCGAAGUGAGGCACUUAACACAACUGCUGAGACUUUGUUAAUUGGAUCUCAUGCGGACACUGUUGUUGAUGCUGGAAAGUUUGAUGGAUCACUGGGCAUCAUAUGCGCUAUCUCUGCUUUGAAGGUCUUGAAGACAAAUGGGAAGUUGCAUAAACUUAGCAGGCCGGUUGAGGUUAUUGCAUUUAGUGAUGAGGAGGGUGUCAGGUUCCAAUCGACCUUUCUAGGCAGUGCUGCUAUUGCUGGUCAACUACCUGCAUCAGCAUUGAGAACAUCUGAUAAGAAUGGUGCCACAAUACAAGAUGUUCUGAAAGAAAAUUCUUUUGAGGGCAGUGAUGCAAGUCUUCUGCAGGUCAAGUACGACCCAGAAUCAGUGUGGGGUUAUAUUGAGGUGCAUAUUGAGCAAGGUCCUGUACUGGAAUCGCUUGGUUCUCCUCUUGGCAUCGUCAAAGGAAUUGCUGGACAGACACGGUUGAAGGUAAAAGUAAGUGGUUCUCAGGGGCAUGCUGGUACAGUUCCAAUGUUAAUGCGCCAAGACUCCAUGGUAGCUGCUGCUGAGCUGAUUGUAAACCUUGAGAGUCUAUGCAAAUAUCCUGAUAGAGCCUUGACUUACAAAGAGCAGUGUGGAUCCUACAAAAAGGAAUCCUUCUCAGGGCUAGUCUGCACAGUGGGGGAAAUAUCAAGCUGGCCAGGUGCAAGCAAUGUCAUUCCUGGCCAGGUAAACUUUACUGUCGAUAUACGGGCAAUGGAUGAUGACGAUAGGGGAGCCAUAGUAACAGAAUUUUCACGCCAGGUUUAUCAAAUAUGCGACAAUCGAAUGGUCAACUGUACCAUCGAGCAUAAGCAUACUGCAGAGGCAGUGCAUUGCGACUCAGAGUUAAGUCAGCAGCUCAAACAAGCGGCUCAUUCCACUGUGAAGAAGAUGUCGAGAAAAAUCCAAGACGAAGUGCCUGUGUUGAUGAGUGGGGCAGGACAUGAUGCAAUGGCAAUGUCUCAUCUGACCAAGGUUGGUAUGCUGUUUGUUCGUUGUCGAGGGGGUGUCAGCCAUUCUCCCGAUGAAUAUGUGUCGGAUAAUGAUGUCUGGGCUGCUGGUCUCGUCCUCCUCCAUUUCCUCGACCAACAUGUCAGCGGUGAUUGCAUGAGCUCAUGAAAGAUUCAAUCAGUUUGUUUACCGGAUGAAAGUAGCAACAUGUUUGUUCAAGCUGUCUUGUAUCAGUGCAUCGAGUAUGUAUAUAUCCCAUUGGAUGAUCUAACAUUGUUUCUCAAAAUCAAGUCAAGGUUUCAGCAUUCCAAUUA